UGACUUCUUGCCAAGUUCUAACUGCCAAAUGCAUGGUUGUUUCCUACGUCGAUAAGAGUUAUUUUUUCACUAAAAAAUAACAGUGUAACCCUUCAAUAUUGUUAAACGUUCUAAAUCCUCCGUGCGUUGACCUGUAGUUUUUCUUUCCGUUCCUGUAUAAUAUUAUGUGACUUGCAUGUUUUUCUCAUUUACUAUUUAAUUUUGUGUAUGGAUUUUAUGUAGUUCUAUGAAGGUAUAUGAACUGAAGUUCCGAUGAUGUCCUUAAAGCCCAGGAAUGUAGAUUUCCAGGAGACAUGGGCCAACCUUAAAGAAACGGUGGCUGGUGUGGUUGGAUUGCGUGCAGUAGAACGUGCAGUGUGGAACACAAGGUUCUCAGAUGUGUAUGCGCUUUGUGUGGCGCAUCCAGAGCCACUUGCAGACCGCCUGUAUGAUGAGACAAGGAACUUCUUAGAGGAACAUGUCUCUGGAUUAUUGCAGCGUGUUCGUGGUACUGCGCCUCUAGAGAAUAAUGACCAUAACGACGGAUUACUGACUAGAUAUGUAACGGCAUGGCGCGAGUACAGCCAAGGUGUAGCGUAUCUUAAUAGCCUCUACUCAUAUUUAAAUUUGCAACACAUCAAGCGACAAAAGGUAUCUGAUGCUGAAAUAAUAUAUGGAUCUGCGGCGACUGCUUGUUCACCUGAUCAAGACUCGAGACAACUAGAGGUCGGCGAGUUAGGCUUAGUGAUAUGGGAGCGAGUACUAAUCACACCCCUUGCAUCGGCUCUCACGGGCAGAAUUGUGUCGGCCCUCUCAGAAGCAAGGUCGCACCCGCCCGACCCCACCAGCGCUGAUAUACUGCGACAAGCAAUUCACAGUACAGUUGACGUGCAAGCGUUCAGAGUGAGAGCACCCCUGGCGCUGUACCAGCAGUUGGUGCUCGAGCCAUACUUGUCCGCGGCGAGCGGUCACCAUGCGCAAUUCGCGGCCGAACUUCUUCACCACGGGGACAUCUCGCAUUAUAUGAAGCACGUGCUCGAAGGGCUGGAGCGCGAGAUAGCGCUGGGCGGGCGGUUCCUGCACGCGUCGUCCACGGAGGCGGUUCGCGCGUGCUACGAGCGUGCCGCCGUGGCCGCGCACCUGCCCGCGCUGCACGCCGAGACCGAGCGCCUGCUGCGCGAGGCCUGCGACGACGGCCCGCGCGCCGACCAGCGGCGGUCGGACCUGAAGCGCAUGUACGCGCUGCUGAAGCCGCUGGCGUGCGCGGGCGCACUGCGGCCGCUCGUGGAACAGGCGCACGCGCAGGCGGCGCGCGACGGCCGCGCACUACUCGCCGCGCCGCACGCCCGCGACGAGGCCCACAUCCACUUUGUCAACUCGAUGCUUGCUCUCCAUGGAAAGUACAGUAAACUAUUUGGAGAAGUCUUCGAUGGAGCUCAAGCGUUUAUUGGGGCUUUGGAUAAGGCGUGCAGCGAGGUGGUGAACGGUCGCGCGGCGGAGGCGGGCGCGGCCAGCCGCGCGCCCGAGCUGCUGGCGCGCUACUGCGACGCGCUGCUGCGGCGGCGCGGCGCCGGCGCUGAGCAGGAGGCCGACGACAAGCUGGCCGGCGCCAUCGUCGUCUUCAAGUACGUCUGCGACAAGGACGUCUUCCAGAAGUACUACGCGCGCGCGCUCGCCCGCCGCCUCAUACACCAGCUCUCCGCCUCCAUGGAGCAGGAGGAAUCAAUGAUUAAUCGGCUCAAAGCGGCGUGCGGAUAUGAGUUCACAAACAAACUGCACAGGAUGUUCACGGACGUGACCGUCUCCGCAGAUCUCAACGCCAAGUUCCAACAGCAUCUCCGAGAAAACAAUUUAUCUACAAAUACCGGCUUCUUUAUUCAGGUGCUGCAGGCGGGAGCGUGGCCGCUAGGUGGCGCGAUGGCCCCGCUGGCGCCGCCCGCGCAGCUGGAGCGGCCGGCGCGGCUGUUCGAGGCCUUCUACCGCGCCUCCUUCAGCGGCCGCCGCCUCGCCUGGCUGCACCACCUCUGCACCGGCGAGCUGCGCACCCGCUACACCACUAGGGUCUACCACAUCAGCGCCACCACUCCCCAGUGCGCGCUGCUGCUGUGCUUCGAGACGGUGGACAGCGCGCCGGCGCGCGAGCUGCGCGAGUCGCUGCAGCUGGCGGGCGACGCGUGGCCGCGGCACGUGCGCCCGCUCCUCGACGCCGGCCUGCUGCUCGCCAGCGGCGACGGCGAGGGCUCGGCGCCCGACAGCGGGGACGACGACGGGCCCCACGGGACCCUCACCCUCAACUUGAACUUCUCCUGCAAGAGGACGAAGGUCAGGCUCACCUGUGCGAAUGCGCCCGCGCAGCAAGGUGGUAGCGGGGGUGGCGGCGCGAGCGGAGAGGGUAACGAGGUGACACAUUGUGACGAUGACCGCAAGAUGUACCUCCAAGCCGCACUUGUCAGAAUCAUGAAGCAGAGAAAGGUACUCAGACACACAGAAUUGAUACAGGAAGUGGUCUCACAAGCCCGCGGCUCGUUCGCGCCAUCCGUAGCCAUGAUAAAGAAAUGUAUCGAAGCGCUUAUCGACAAACAAUAUUUAGAACGCGCGCCCGGCACACUGGACACAUAUUCAUACCUAGCGUAGGCAAAAUCGACCGCGAUGUUAUUCAUUUUAAUUGCAUCGCUACAUGGAGCACUGCAGCCAAUUGUAUUGCUGUAUAUACCGAUACGGUUGCAUCCGAUUGCAUCACUCUACAUAUAAUUGCAUCGCGAGUAAAAUGAAUCGAUUGCAACAAUCGUAUCGCUACACAUCGUUACAGUUUCAAUUAGUACACCGCUGUACAAAGCGAUACGAUGGCAAUAAAUAGUAUCAUUACUUAGAUCAAUACAAUAUGGCAACCAUUUGAAUCGCUGUGUUAUUGUCAAAAUUGGUGAUUGCACUGUUAAAUAUAAAUAUUGCAUCGCUGAUUUUAUAUUUUCGUUAUUAUGCAAUUUAUUUAAUCCUGUAAUUUUUUAAGAUAAUGUUCAUAACUUUUGUAACAUUAUAGGGUAGGCCUAUAUUCAGCAGUAAAAUAAUAAUAAUAACUUUUGCUUACUGAAGUGUAGCAACGCCGCAAUUAUUUUUACGUUUUAUUACACUAGCAGAGUAUUUUUUAAAUAAUCAAUUAGAUUCAUUGAAAAAUGUUCAAUUGUUUUUGGAAAUUGACAGAUAAUUGCGACAUUGCUGUACUUAGUUAUGAAGGCUUUUCAACUUUUUUAUUACUUUUUUUUAUUAGUAUUAAUUUUUAAAGUCGACUUAAUGGUGCUGAUUCUGUGGCGCCAUUUCUCUAAAUCUAUAUCUAAAAUUAAUAUCCCAGCAGAAUCAUUAUUGUAAAGACCUAUAUGAGUUUCUAAUAGAAUUAAGUCAAAAUUAUAAAUUUAGUUUAUAAUAUGUAUACAAUACACAGUAAUAUCGCAAAACUAUUAAAAUACAGUAGAAACUCGAUUAUCCAAAUCAAAUAAAACCAGGUGUAUUCCUUAUAAUCGAAAAUCCGGAUAAUCGAUUUUAAAGUCGAGUCAAACAAUAAUAAAAUUUUAAUAUUUCUUUAUUAUGUAAAAAAUUACGAGAUAUAAAGAUAAUUGAUUACAUAAUAUGUAUUUUAAAAAUCUUGGUUGAAAAUUAGUUAUUGACGUAAUAAAUUAAAUCUUUCCAUUGCGGCCAAGUCCCUGAUGCGUUUCAGUUGUAAUAAUUGUAUGGAAUCCGAUUCGUCAUGUCUAUGAAACGCUCGUUAUUGUUCAAGUUGUCAAUGAUUUUUACAUCAGUUAAAAUUUGAUGUCUAGGAUCUUCACUAUCGCAGUUCAGCUACUUCUUGAAAUUUUCUUCUUCAAACCCUUCACCAAUGAUCCAUCAGUGAUCAAGCAUACAUGUGAAUUUUAAUAUAAGAUCAGAAUUCUUUUUAAUAUCUUAUAUUAUAGAAGCUCAUACACCAUCCAUUUGCGCCAAAUUACUAUCAUAUUAACAAUUUUUAAACUUAACUAUCUUCACUUUGUCUUUAAACACUAUUCUUUUUGGCUUAGACAUAGAUUUUUAACGCAAACCAAAAUUAAAGUCAACUUAUUAGUUGAAGCAUUAACAAACACUAACGAUGCGUUACAUUGUAAAGUCGGAUUAAUAAAUACUACUAAUUAUUCGACUGAGCAAGUCAUUCGGAUUAUUCGAACGAUUUUCAAAUUAUUCCACUACUAAUUUUAUUUAUCUGACUACAAAUUUUAUUCAUCCGACUAUUAUUUUUUUUCAUCCAACUACUAAUGUUGUUCGACUACUAAUAUCAUUGUUGUUCAUGUACGAGCCGACCCGAUCAUUGGGAUAAUUUAAUUGUUGAAUGGACAAGAGUGUUGCCAAUUAAAAUUUAGUAAAUAUUACCAAGUUUGGAUAAAAGUAAGUACAGUUUUUAUAUAGAAAAUUGCGAGUGUUAUUACAUUGAUAUUUCACCAAAUAUGGUGGCGUUUUUUUUUCGUUGUUGUAAUUAAUUAAUACGUAGUAAAAUCAUUUGAAUACGGAAAUUCGUAUAUUACUAAUUAGUAGUCGAAUUAUAAAUUUAGUAAUUAUUCGAAUAACGAAAUCAUUCGGAUUCGCUCAUCGCUAAUAAACACUAUCGCGCAAAAAAAUAAGAGCGAAACCUACACGUCGAAGGCGAGAUUAAACACGUAACAUGUCUCGUUUCGCCGUCAAAUCAUUUCUAAAUCGGUAAUUGGAGUCGUGAAGAAUAAGUCCGGAUAAUCGUUUUUCGGAUAAUCGAGAUCCUACAGUAUUCGGUUAUGAAAUAGGUUUUGAGAAAAAUAAAAUACGAACUAACUUAGAAAUAGUUUUGAAAAUAUCAUUAACAUUUAAACUGGGAUGUAAAACUAUGCAGCAUUCGAAGCCUUGGUAGCCUUGACAUUGCAAAAUGAAUCUUAAAACUCUGGAUUAUUGUCAUUGUUCCCUUUUAUUUCCUAUAUUUAUUUUUAUUUUAUAUUGUAAUUAUAAUGUAGGUAAUAAGAUUUUAAAUUUCUUUUUUCUAUCGUUUUUUUUUCUAAUUUUAGUUUUAGGAAUUUAUAUCACAAGUACAUAUAUAGUAAUAAUAAUAAUAAUGUUGACCGACCUGAUGUUAUAUGGUGCAAUGCUAAAAUCAGGGGUGUGUAUAAAGAAGUUUCACAACUUAUACUGUUAGGAUAAACAUUUUUAAUUAAUUAUACAUACAGGAUGCUGUCGCUUAUAUAGGCGACAAUAAUAAAACGCUUCAUGUUCUAAAACCACUGGCUUCACAGGGGUUUUUAAUAUAUUAACUAUUUAUUUACGUUGUUUUUGAUAACAAAAAAAUAACACUGGUAAUAGGCGAUUCAAAUGGAUAUACUGGUGAUGCAAUUGUGACUUGCAAUUAGUUGCGAUACUAGUUACUAAGGAACAAUACGAUUGGAAAGACGACGGUGAUACCGCUGCAACAUAUUAUGUAAAGUUAGAGUUAUGUUUACUAAUAUUGUCACAGAUUAUAUGAAAUUUUGUUUCGUAAUAUUAUACAAAAAUAUCUGUA